AGGGCCCGAGCAGCGAGCCGGUCACUCGCCCCGGACCCCCGCCCCAGGCCAAGGAGGGCGCCGCACACCCUGGAUCCAGAUCGCCAAGCAUGGCCACCCUGCGCCCCAUCUCGCUUCUGCUCUGCCUUGCCCUAGCGACACUAUGCCAAGGUGGCUGUGUGGAGGUGGACUCACUCACAGAAGCGGUGGUCGGCAAUUCCUUCAGACUGCAGUGCAUCUCCUGUAAGAAGCGCAGCGAGACUACGGCCGUGACCUUUGUGGAGUGGUACUUCAAGAAUAAGGAGAUGGACGAACACAUCAAGUUCCUUCACUAUGACCCAAUGGAGCAUGAUAAGCCCAUGGUCUUAGACGACCGCUUUGAAGACCGGGUGAGAUGGGACGGCACCAAGAAAAUUGCGGACCUGCAGGACGUUUCCAUUAUGCUGACGAACGUGACGAACGACCACAGGGGCGACUACAUCUGUAGCGUCAACCGCACCCUUGAAUUUGAUGGGGGCUUCACGCACAACGUCAUGGUGAACAAGACGAUCCACCUUUCUGUGGUCGAUAAGGCAAACCGGGACAUGGCGUCCAUCGUCUCCGAGAUCAUGAUGUACGUUCUCAUUGUCGUCCUGACCAUCUGGCUGGUGGCUGAGAUGGUCUAUUGCUACAAGAAGAUUGCCGCGGCGACAGAAGCAGCUGCUCAAGAAAACGCCUCCGAGUACUUGGCCAUCACGUCGGAAAGCAAGGAAAACUGUACAGGGGUGCAGGUAGCUGAAUAGCCCGUGGAGGGCCGUUGGCAGGCACAGGGAUUCCUGGUUGGCAGGAAGGAGGCUUCGAGGAGGUGGCAGCACGGAGGCGAGGGAGAGUGACUCAGCAGAGGCGUCAGCAGCCCCUACGGAGAGUUGAGCUGGAGCCAAGCAGCCCCUCCCCUCCCUGAACGGCCCCUUUCCCUUCACCAAGCAUGCUAUUUUUAAUAACAGAGCUCUUUAUCCAGCCCCGGCAGCCACCCGGCGAUGGACACAGGCCUUUCGGCGGGCUGGGGUGGCUCGUUCCGGCAGGUGCCUCGCUCUUUUUAGACACACACACACCCCUCCUCCACUUUUGGCGAGCGAGAGUCGCCCCCGCCGCACUGCAUGAUGGGAAGGUGGCAUGCCUGCUUGCUCACGCGACGCGAUGCUUGGCGCCCCCCCGCUCCGCCCCCCCACCCCACGCGCCGUGGCCCUGCGCCAGCCUGAGGCCUCUUUCCUUUACGGGCACGCACACUUGCGCUUUCUGGGUUCUUUGCACAUUUCUUGCGCUUCGGGUUCUUUCGGUUAACUUCGCUACCAGCACUUUCGACGGGUCUGAGGAGAGGGGGCCCCCCCUCUGGUCGGCACGAUCUGCCCCCCCCGUCCCACCCUUUAGUCCCACCAGUGAAGCCUCCAUUCUGGCCUCUCCGUUCCCAGGGUGGUCCCAGAAGGAAGCCGAGAGAUGUGCCCAAGCUGACCCCUGCCUGAAAGUGACUAAGGCCGCCUGACCCACCGUGGACUGGGGUGCUAAGUCCCAAAGUAGCCUUGAGGGGCGAACUCUCUUGUUGGGCAUUGAACGGUGACAAAAAGAGGCAGGUGCUCAAUUUUCUGACAAGCUUGUUGUCAGCUUGGCUGAGGGUAUGUGGGAGACCCUUCUGUCUGUCUAUCUAUCUAUCUAUCUAUCUAUCUAUCUAUCUAUCUAUCAUCUAUCUAUCUAUCUAUCUAUCUAUCUAUCUAUCUAUCUAUCAUAUUUUUAUACCACCUGAUACGUACAUCUCUAGGCGGUGUACAAAAUUAAAAAAACCAGAGUAAAACAGAUCAAAAUACACAAUAAAAACAGCCUAAAACAGUUACUAAAACAAAAUUGUUUAAAAAUUAUUCUAACGAAAAGCCUACGAAAACAGGAGAAUCUUGAGGGUCUUCCUGAAAGCAGACAGAGAAGGAGAUGCUCUUAUUUCAGCCGGGAGCAUCUUCCAAAGCCCUUUUGCUGAAGAGAGAAUCAAAAUCCCAUUGGAGGCCCCUUGCGUCCUUCCACCCCAUAUUACCGUUGCACCCCUCUUGUCUCUUGUCCAGUUUGCUUUCUGAUCUUUGCCCCUCUAUGUGGUACAGACGGGUUCUCCCCACAAUGCCUCUGUGCCUGCCCCCUUCUCAGAUUUUCUCCACCCGGAUCGAACGCCACCGGGGCUCUUCAGAGAACACAGUGCCCUCUCCUCUCCUCAGACCUUGGGGGCUGGUUCCAAGGAUCAGCCCCUUAUCACAAUAGAAUAGGGUUUGUUCAUAAAUAAAGAUGAUUGAAUUUCA